UAUUUACAAGCAUGCAAAAGUUUGGCGCGUGUUGCAGGUCCUUAUCGCGAUGCCUUACGGGUGAGCGGGCGUAUUCAUAUGGUGAUUAGUGGAUGAAUGCGCCGACCAGAUUCUUUAACGACCCUGACGCAGGACAGGCUAGGGAAUUACUUUGCGUGUAUUUGGCAAUAUGGACGCACACGUAUGACAGAAUGGGAGUCACUGUCCAGGAACUGUGUUUUUUUCGCGUAUUGUGACGCAUGUUGUCAGUUUCACUACUAUUUACAUCGACCGAGCUGCUGUUGACGUGUAUUUUACAUUGUGUUCCAAAAAAUAUGUCUAACUUAACACAUCCACUAUGAAGGUUUACUGGUGUGUUGUAGACUUGGCCGUAGAGGCCGUACUACUGUUUCUUUUGACUUUGACUACCAAGUCGACGGGACAAGUUUCUCAUAAAGGACUAUGUGAUCAUACCAUCACUUCAGAUUUAAGCUUAUAUCAACAUGUGACUGAUAUCAGUGUAGACUGUGCUGAGGGACAUAUAGACUGGAGACAGCCAUAUGGGGCUCUAAGAAUCACUAUGACAGCCAGAAGGAAAAAGUCUCCAAUGAGAGCAUGCUUUUUGGCAUCAUCUAUUCACAGCAGAGUCAAGUUUUCCCUUGAAGGACCAAAAGGCUUACAGUAUAUUACAAUUCUCAAUAACACACAUUCUGACAUUAAAAAAGAAAUUUGUUUUGACUCAUACGAUUCAGUUGUUUUUUUCGUUGAAGUCGAACCUAACUCAAGGACUUCCAUUGCGGGAAAGCUACACAUAGAAUAUGAUAUCCAAAAAUUAUACAAUAAACUUACAGUCGACUCUAUGGAGGAGUGUCGACCAUGUACAGAUGAAGAAUUGUUAAAUGCGUAUUGCUCAAGUGAAUAUGUUGUGAUAGGUGCUAUGGAGAAGGUUGAAAAUAAUCAAGAACUGGAAGAAACAACCAUGCAUCUUCAACUUGCCAGUGUAGUUCGACAGAAAAUCACAAGGUUUAAGCGCCAAUCCUUUCAUGGGGACAUAAAAUAUACAGGCUCUGUGGUAGCGCCUUUAAAAUGUGGCAUCCGCCAUGGAGAAGGAGACUUUCUGUUCACAGGAAGAAUGCGUUUAGGAAAGUUGCGGUUGCAGUGUGCACCUUUACUAAAAGACUGGGAAAGGUUAAAACACCAAGCAAUAAAACAAGGAAUAUAUCCUUGUCGACUUGACUGACAAAGACGGAACAAGCAUCCCACUGUCCCAACAAAAAGGGGUGCUGUCUGCAAGAGAAGAGAUUAUGAAGUUUUCCAAAAGGACAAUAAGUGCCCCCCGGUUUUACGAUAAACCGACUGCUGACUGUGCUGAAGUAGAAUAUGAGAAAAUUGAUAUAUUGAAACACAAUGGGAAAAUUUAUCAGUCCCCUUUCAUGUGACCCAGUUGGACAUACUAAAUGAUCAUCAAGGGGGAAUUCAAUAUCACCACCCAGUGUUGGGUAAAAGCUAAAAUAUUGUCACCAUACGUCUUCAGGGAGGUGACAAAAAAAGACCAAAUUGUUCCUUGCUGUCAAGACCAGACAAAAAGAAUGCCGAAGAAAAAAUGAAAUUCCAUCAGCUUAUAAGAGGAUUCGGCUCUAAUGAGAAAAUGGACCUUAAAAAGUUGAAGAGGCCAUAGAAGAGCUCAUUGGGAGAUCCAGACGCCCAUAUUGUCCUUUUGAACAAAUAGUCCUUAAGAGAACAAAAGGCUGUUGUGAGCAACUGGCCAAGACUCCUCAUCUUCAAGAUUUUUGUUGACGGGAUAUUGCAACCGAAUCCCGCCAACAUAUUCAGUAAAUGGGAGAUCAAGCUGGUGGCCAAUAAGUUAUCAACACCACACAAAAGAUCGGACUAUUUUGAAAUAAGAAAUUUGUCUUUUAAUGACAUUUGAGAUCAAAUAUCCACUCUAAAAAUUGUCAAGUAAAAAGGUGCCAAAAUUGAGACUGAUUGAAAAUCCACUCCAACAUUCAAGUUGUUGACCUUGGUUGUGAGUUAUAGACUUCUCCUCUGAAGAUAAGAGGCAUUUUACUGCAUACUGGCAGGAUAAUUGUGCUGUAUAGACUUCUCAAUGAUGGGAACAAAGCAUUUUCCAAUACAUUUGUAUGAAUCAGAAUUUUUAUCUGCAUUUAUUAGCUUGUAGGGCCCCUGUAACAAGGGACCCAGCACUGAGGCUCUCCAAUCAGCUUGUCAUACUCAAACUGCCUUAUUUAUUACAAGUGGUCUGUGGUUUUGAAUUAGUGUGCCCAUUUCAUAUUUGACUGCAGCAAUUCCAGACAAAUAUGACAUAUGAAAUGUCAUAGUCACCUUUCUUUGGGGAUGUUGUGAUUGAUGUGUCUUUGAAUAUGUGUGCUUAGUUACCACUUGUGUGAGUAGUAAUAUGGAUCGGCAGUAAUUUGGGAUUGAUUGUGACCAGUGUUUGAGUUCUGACUGUCACUUGAAAUAACCCACCAUUUCUUAUUUGAUAAAUUUUGUGAUUCAUCCCUAAGGUGACCGUUUAGAGUAUGACACAAAUUUGAUUAGUCUUAUUGCAUUGGUGCUAUUUGCCUUGUAAAUAAUGUUGUAUAAAAUGCAAAAUGUUGUAAAUUGUACAUAAUCUGUAAAAUAUGUAAGAGGAUGUGUGAAAGCCCAACUGCUCUGAGUAGUGGGAAAAUAUUGAUACUAGUUAUGGUAGGAUUUGUCAUGAAAAUGAUACAUUCCGUUGAGAAGAUUUAUAGAAGCUCCAUACUUCUCAAAAGAUUCACUUUGAAUAAUUCCAUCACAUUUUCAUUACUUCAAAUAGAAAGCAAGCUUUUCCCAUGUAAACUUACGAGCACAAAUUAUGGCUACUACCUAAGUAAUAAUGAGAAAUUAUAAGUGCGUCUUUUUUUCCUUGUCUUUUUAAGUUAAACCAUGACCCAGUAAUGCUGGGUUUGAGACAGGUUGUUUUAGAAUUUUUAAAGAAUAAGCUCUAUGUUAUGCACCUAUCAAAAUUGAGAUAUGUGUCAACUUGUCAUGACAUUUGUGGUACUAAUAGCUUGAUUAUGCAGCAUUUGUGUGUCUGGGUUACUUGUGACUGCAAUUUGUCACUGAAAUGACUUUUGAACUUCGCUCAGUUUUAUUCCACAGCAGAAUUGAAAAUGCUCUUAGUAAGCUUUUUUUUUUUUUUUUUUUUCGUUGCACCAUUAUUGAUAGCAUAAUUCAGUUGUCAAAUUUACAUUGCAUUUAGAAAGCACUCCCUGCCAAAAUAGGCUAGUUGCAUUUAAAUGUUUGAGUGAUCUGCUGCCAGCGGUCCUUAGUUUCCUUUUCAUCUCUUUUUAAAUCUUUGUUGUAUGUUGUAUCUCAUCAAUAUAGUUGACAUUUUAUUGCAUUUAGAACAUUUCUAUUGCAUUAGAAUUUAUUCACUGCCAAAGUGGAAUUCUGUUGAAGUAUAUGGAGUUUAAGCACUUUUGCAUUUAACUUAGUAGUUCCCUGAUAAUUUUUAAGUACAAAUUAUUUUGCAUUUAAAUUAAUAGAUACAGUACCAAAAAGGGGUACUUUAUAAAUGUUUUACCACUGCAUGUCAUCAAAUUUUACCCUUCUUAAGAGUCAUUUUGACAACUAAAAACAUUCUCUUUAGUCUUGUGCAUCAAAGUGAGUCUUGUGAAUAUUUUGUUAAUGUUAUUUUGUCUUAAAUUUUAAUAAGUUUAGUGCUCCUUAUAAUACAAAGGCUCUUUCCCAGUCCUCAUUCAAUGAAGUUUGUCCCAAAUAAGUUACUUUAUUUUUUUGGCGAAAGAUUCCCAAUUAUGUUUUUGACUGUACAUGGAAAAAGAAUUUACAACACAAUAAGUCAUUAUAUAAAUUGGCAACAUUCAUUGUAUAUAAUCUUAUUUUUGUAUAAAGAUCACUUAAGUGAAUGGUGAAAUCCACAAAAUGUUAUACAGAAUUAAUGAUAAUAAAAAUAUUUAAAUUU